AACCCGGUUUGCCCGGCGAAUGACAUUUCGAUCAUUCCCUGUCGUGUUUGCGGCGCUCAGUCCUCUGGUUUUCAUUUUGGAGCGAUUACUUGCGAGGGCUGUAAGGGUUUCUUUCGCCGUACAAUAAGUGAGCGAGAUAAUCAACGCUACACUUGCCGGAACGGUGGCGCUUGUCUAAUAACGUUGGCCACGCGCAACAACUGCAAGAGUUGCCGCUAUAGGAAGUGUCUGUCUGUCGGGAUGUCCAAAGACGGCAGUCGAAUCGGCCGCCAACCGAAUGCCGUAAAACACAUGUGCGCAAUGGAAAUCGAGCGAAUCCGCGCCAAGACAAACACAUCUACUUCGCCCAGCGGUCAACUAUAUGGCGAUCAGUUGCCCCACCAUCAGCAUCUACAGACGCCAAGAAUUGAUUUCCCCCCCAACAACAGUCCAUAUCCACCCGCUGGCCGACUUGGCCAAAUGAAG